AUGAUAAUUUAUGGAGCUUUCGAUAAAAAAUUUAGUAACAACAGAAUCAACAUGAAACCAUUUUAAGUUGACAUUUCUCCAAAUAGUACAAUAGAAGAGUUGAAAGUAAGAUUUUCUCAUAAAUAUUUAGAUUUUGAUUACACUCUAGUUCACAAAUCUGUCUCUGGAAGAAUUUGAUAUUCUUAAUUCUCAAGGAAUUAGAUAAAGAGAAAUUUCAUCAGUACAAGGCCUUUAUUAAGAAAGAUAGGAUGUUAUUUAAAUAUUUGUAGCUAAUUCUAGUAAUUUAAAUGCUGCAUGCUGCAAUUUAAUAUGAUUUUAUUUUCUUAUUUUAACACUAAAAUAUAAU